CCCAUCCUCAUUAUCAGGUUCAUCCUAUACAAACAAAAAGGAGUCGAGGGUUACAGUUGUUUCUGCACAGCCUGCUAGUAAAGUUAUGCAGAUGAGAAUAAAUGAGUAAAUGUCUGUAUUAAGUAUGAUGUACUAUUUUUCAUUACUGCAUCCAUCGCUAUCGAUGUGAAGGAUCCAUUAUAAUCUCCAUCUUCGUCCUCGAUUUCCAAGACAUCUUUCCGCACAACAUCAAGGUGAUCUGUACUCCCUCAUUCUAGGCGUCGCUUUUGUAGAUAUCACCUUACAACCUCUAAACAAGAACAGAAAGACGAUGGCCGGACGGAACCGUCAGUCGCGCAUGUGAAUUCGCAGAACUAUUUAGAUGCGCUGAACGACAUCUUAUCAGACGAUGGCGAGGAUGAUGGAGGAAAUCCUUUUUAUAAAGUUAUGGUGACUGAGUACGUGUACGAGUACGUAGCAAUUAUAAGUUUAUCGUCUUACCCUUAAGAACCACCAUCGACUCGUGCUGUAGUAGUCCACUACUGAAGAUCAUCAUAAUUGUCCGCACCUUAAGAACUACAUGCAGAGCGAACCAUGACUAAAAUAGUGGCCUAAAAAUUAUAUGCAAGAUGGAGAAGUCGCUGACUCAACGCAAGACAUCGCUCACGUUUCUACCACGCCCACCCUCGUGCCUCCUCUAACAACCACAAGAAACGACGAACAAACCGGAGCUUGUUCUCUUCAGUUGAAAAGACACUGAGUAUCGAACGGCUCCAAGCCGUAACCCAGCAAAUGGUCAUGCGCGUUCGUGAGUCGGUUCGGGCACUGCCUAUUUUCUCCAAAGUGGAACAUGACCGUUUGCAAAGAUUGAACCAAGAAAGAAGAGAUAUUUUUAAGGCAACUCCUAGUCCACCUCGAACUUUCUUGACUUAACUGCUUUCGUCCUUUCUUUUCUUCCUUAUUCUAACUCAUUGGCCGGCGGAAUAAAUGAUGCACCUAACGAGCGAAUUCAGCCGAGCACUGCGAGUGGUUGGAGCCUCUCUGGUUUGUUGUUUGGCACGUCUUCACGACGAGUAGCUGAUCAAAUGGAACAAUCCGGGAGUCCGUACAAAGCAGAUGGAAAUCAGAAAAGUACGUUUUGAUUGCACACGACUGGCUUCACUCUUAGUUACUAAGUACUUACUCUUGAUUCACUCUUCUUAGCUACAUUUUUCAUGUAUCGACACUGUAUUCGCAUAGGCUUAGUCUUAGAAAUCUCGAUUAUGCUCAUUUCCCUGCUGCUGAUGUCAAUGCCACAUGGCGCCGCGUUACACGCGAUCAAAAUCAUCAGGUCUCGACGGCCAACCUCGACCUGGCCUUUCACCCGGCCGUAGCGGUUCUGCACUUACCCUUCUGGAACAUGAUGAAAGCAAAAAUGGUUUGACAAAAGACCAGAAACUUCUUAGUGCUACAUCAUCCUUAGUCCAAGACCAAGUUCAGCGGUCGCAAUCUUGCAUGUCAGUUGUGGAGCAGGAAGACCUUUAUCACUACCAAGAUAAAGACAAACGCGAGCUCAUCGAGAGUCUGAUGAAGCAGAACAUGACCACACAUCAACCUCAGUUCGCUUUGUACCGCGUUUUAUGCUAUGUUCUUGCAGUGUGGCUGUUAUUGACUUGCGUUUUCCUGAUCUAU